CUAGCAAGCUGUCCUUCUGAUUGGUUGCAUAUAGAAUCAUCUUGUUAUUUCUUCAGUGCAAAAGAAGCAACAUGGAAUAAAGCAAGAAAACUUUGUCAACAGAAGGGAGGAGAUCUUGCUGUUCCAAAAAAUAUUGCUGAGAAUAAUGCCAUUUCCAGAAUGAUCUUGAGAAAAGGCAGUGAAGGUCAUUUUAUUGGUUUGUAUCGCAAUAAAAGCGACAAUCAGUUCUACACAGUUCAAAAUGGCAAGCCUAGUUUCACAUUAUGGUAUACGGGAGAACCUAAUAAUUAUCGUGGUGUACAGGACUGCGUUGUAAUUUAUUCCAACGAUUAUAAAUCCAAGUGGAAUGACGUUGUAUGUUGGCGUCACUUUAACUUCGUCUGUCAACGUGAGAGACGUAAUUUAAACUAUAUCGGCGAAUGUCAGUCUUCUUCUUGUGGCAAAGAUCACUCAUGCAUAAAUAUACCAGGCUCCUACGAAUGCCUAUGCUCCACUGGAUACAAACUUAACAAAUCCAAAAAGAAAUGUAUCGAUGCCAACGAAUGCGAGUCUCUUCCUUGUAAAUCGUGUUACAUAUGCCAUAAAUUCCCAGGCAUAAAACUCUGCAUCACAUUUGCAAGGAAUUAUUGUUGGAGGUUUUGUCGUAGGAGGAGCUAUUGCGUACUUUGGUUGCAAAGGUUAUACAAAGGAUGAGGAAAGAUCCUAGUGAUGGGGAAUCAUGUCAAAGAAAUACUCUAAAAACCUAAUUUUAGUCAAAGAUGCUUUUCGCAAAAUGUGUCGUGGAAAAUUUAAAAGCUUAUGUAGAAAAUGCUGUGUGUUUGACAUUUUUAUUCAUUGUUGAAAUGUAUCUGUAAUACAAAACUACGUGUAAACAAGUUGUAAUUAACCAUAUUAUCAUAUAAAGUAAAUGCACAUAUUAUCAUAAUCUAUAAAAAAAAAGUAAAAUGAUGAAGUUUUAUUGCUGCUAAGAAUAAAAUAUUAUUGACAAAUCAAAUGAUUUACUGAAUUACAUUAUCUUUGACAAUUGACAAA